GUCAAGAAUAAUAAGAAAUUUCUUAAGAAAACUAAUAUAAUAAGAACAAUCUUAAGAUGACUGCUCGUAAAUUACAGGCCGAGGUGGAUAAAACAUUAAAAAAGGUUACAGAAGGGGUAGCAGCCUUUGAAAGUAUUUAUGAGAAGAUGCAGUCAGCAAGUAAUCAGUCUCAAAAGGAUAAACUUGAGGGUGAUCUAAAAAAAGAAAUUAAAAAGCUUCAAAGAAUGAGAGAUCAUAUAAAAACAUGGGCGUCUAGUAAUGAUAUUAAGGACAAAAAGCCUUUGCAAGAGAAUAGGAAACUUAUAGAGAUGCAAAUGGAACGAUUUAAAGCAUGUGAAAAGGAGAUAAAAACAAAGGCUUUUAGUAAAGAGGGGCUACUUGCAGGAUUGAAGUUAGAUUCAAAGGAGAAAGAGAGAUUAGAGACGAGUCAUUGGCUUUCUUCUAUGGUUGAUGAGCUCGAGAGACAAAUUGAGCAAUUAGAAAUAGAAUCGGAAAUAUUACAAGGAUCUUUAAAGAAAAAGAAUAAGGAUUAUAUUAAAUCGGAAAGGUUGGAUCGUGUUGAACAUUUGUUAGAACGUCAUAAGUGGCAUCAAGAUAAGCUUGAAUUAAUUUUGAGGCUGCUUGAGAAUGGAAAUUUACAAACAGAACAAGUUCUUUCUAUUCAAGAGGAUAUUAAGUAUUAUGUUGAAUCGAACCAAGAUACCGAUUUUACAGAAGAUGAAAAUAUAUAUGACGAUUUAAAUCUAAGUGAAAUAUUUGGACGAACUUUGGAUAAUGAAAUAGAUUCAUCCUUAGAAACGCAAUCAUUAGCAGAUGAAACAUCUCCUUGUACUCAAAAAGAUAAGGAUGAAAGAACCAAGUCGACAGAAUCUUUAAGUACAGUAUCAUCAUACAAAGCUAAAUCUAGAUCGCCUAUAUUAGUGAAUGCAAGUACUCCUCAAAAUACUAAUGGAACGACAAAAGCAUUACAAUCUAAAACACAAAUUGAUGCUUUAAAGCAAUUAUCUACAAUAUAUUCAUUAAACACUAAUACGGUAUUUCCUUCUUCAUCAUCUGAUGCAAAAGAAUCUACUGUAGCAUCUUCAGCAUCACAAGAAGCAUCUCCUGUGACAUCUUUUUCUAAUCCUCAACACGAAUUAAUAAAAUCAUCUGAUAUACAAGAAACAACAGAUGAAUAUCAGGAAAAAAAUAUAUUGGAACCAUUGGAAAAUACAGAUAGCUCUUUAGAAGCAUUGCCGCAUGAAAUACCUAUUGAUAUAUCUCCGGUAGAAAAAUCAUCUAUCGAAUCUCAAACGCACACUUCGAGCUUAACAGAUCUGUCAAAAUUUCCACAUUAUCUUAAAGAUUUGGUUUCAUCAUUAAAAACUAUCAAACAAAAAACUCUAAAUCCUCCACCAAUAUCCAUUAUACAUCGUCUUUUGGAAAUAUCUUUUACAACUGCACCGGAACCUGUAAAUUCAGAAUCUCCAAAAUAUUAUACGCCAUCUGAACCAUAUCCUGUUCCACCAUACUAUCCACAAGUACCUCCUGCAAUAUUCGAUUCUCCAGAAUUAUUUGAAAAGAUUGAUAUUGACGCAUUAUUUUUUGUUUUUUAUUAUCAGCAAGGAACAUAUCAACAAUAUUUAGCAGCAAAAGAAUUAAAAAAGCAAGCAUGGAGGUUUCAUAAAAAGUAUCUUACAUGGUUUCAAAGACAUGAAGAACCAAAAAUAAUUACAGAUGAAUACGAGUCAGGAACCUAUAGAUAUUUUGAUUUUGAGGGCGCAUGGGUACAACGAAAAAAGCCAGAUUUUAAAUUCCAAUAUGUAUAUCUUGAAGAUGAAGACUAAUAUAUUAAAUACUAGCAAUUAUUCAGAUACUUUUCAUACAUCUA